GUUACUUGGCAACCAGAAGCAUAAUUUCACGAACUUCCUCGGGUACAAAAUGGCUGCCAAGUGUCUGUUGUAAUCAAAGAUCUCUAUUAUUUAUUGUACAAGUGAGCAAGUUGAGAUUUAUUGUCAAGAAUUUGUUCUAAAAGCCGUUGGUUGUAUUGGAUAUCAACAAAUUUUCCGGGGCUUUACAAAAAAAAGAAAUCAAUGGUAAGCAAAGCGGUAAAUAUGGCAGAGGAAGAAGAAAACGAGGUUCCAAUCUCUGCAAGAAGAACAGAAUCACUUGACGCUCCUGACAUUUUAGGCUUAGUUAGCCAUGAAACUGGACAGUUGUUUGGAAGAGUCAAUAUUGUGCAGCUCAUAGAAAAGGCAAAUAUGUCAAUUUCUCUUGUUGAUGAGAAAAACAGAAUAUUAGGGCAUGCUUCAUUUCUGGAUUAUCCAAAUCGAGAUUUUGUGGAACAAAAUAAAUGGGAACCAUGGCUUAAAAGUACCUAUAAUGCUGACAUGUGCACACCUGUCAAUACUUUGUUCAUGCACUUUUUUGUAUCAAAACCAGACUUUUCUCAUGGAAGUCUCACUGAAAUAAUGAGAACCCUAUUUAAUGCUGUCCCCGUGCUUCAUUUUGUCAUUCUAAUUGUUCCAAAAGAUACAAAAAUUGGCUCUGGAAUAUCUAAGAUAUUUGAACCACUUUUGCAAAAAAACAACACAGAUGAGCUCCCACACGAAGCUUAUGUUUGUCAGAGAUAUAAUCACUGUCCAGUUCUUUACAUCAGGGGUGCCAGGGUUGAAGACCAUGAUGACCUGAUGCCAAUAUUCAACCGACAUAAUGCUGAGCUAACAGCUAUGUAUGGUGACUUCUUUCUGUCUGAGCUUAUUGAAGCACAAGAUGAGCAAAACAAGACAAUAGUUGCAGACGUGGAUGGAACAGCAUUUGGUUUCAUGAGCUUGUCUAGUGACGUAGAUAUUAAAGUGCUGGAUAAAUGCUUUGAGCUGGAGCCUUUUAAUGGCUUGAAAAGUGUUCCAAAAAAGUUAAAACCUAAAGAAGCUGUAGAAGAAAAGAAUAUUGUAAAACGCGAUUCAUUUAAGUCAAGACCCGCAACUGAAAUAUCAAUAACAAUAAAAACAGAGGAUUCGUCAUCACCAACAGCUCUUUCAGUGACAUCUCCUACACAUAAACCAGGUGAAGAUGUUUCAGGCCCUCCUGGAAGUACUUUACCUGUGUCAGCCGGCCGCAAGGGGAAAUCGCCAGUUGCAAAAGGAUCUUUUCAUCGUACAAAGCAAAAAAGUGCCAAACCCAAGGAUAAAGAUGCAGAAAAAGCUGAAAAAGUCGAAAGAGCAGUGACACCACUAAAAACACCAGCACCCGAUGAACAUCCUGUAGAUGUCAAGCCAAUUGCAUCCGAGGUGGAGCGGGUGGAAGAGAAGGUCGAAGAAAAACCUAACGAUGAUGUCGCAGAGACUGAAGACAUUGAUAAAAAAGAAGAUUUUGACGAACCUGAGGAGGAGCUCGAAGAAUUAGAGGCAGUUGAAAGUGCUCUUUGCAUUCAAUUGUUUUGCAUUGACGAGAAAUAUGAGAUGCGGUCGAUGGAUUUCCUCACCAAAGUGUUUGAGCUUUUUCCUCAUAAAGAUUUUUGUAUCGUAACCAUCCCUCACACUGUACCGGAGUUUCCACUGCUUCAAAGUUUCAAGCGAGCAACACCGAAACCAGAGAGUACUUUGUCUCAAGAACUUUACGUUUUCCACAGAAACGGACUCCUAAGCUCCAUCAAUGUUCGAUCUUGCAAAGAAGAAGACCAACAAAGAGUUGAAAAACUCACCAGAAAUGUAUCUGGGAAAGAACAACUUAUGAAAGAUGUUAAAAGGUUUCUUGACGCCUGGCGAGAUAAGGAUGGCACUCCUAUAAAAUGCUACGUUGCGGAAUGUGUUGGACAAAUUAUUGGUAUCUCAGUCAUACGUCAAGAAGAGGACAUUGAGUUCAUCCGUGCUCACUACAAUAUUGAAGAUUUUGUUUACUUCAAUCAUCACAAAUACGAAGAGCAUGGCCAUCUGAACCAUUUUGUAAUCAACCCGGCGUUUGCACAUUUCACUAAACAUUUCCUAAAAGAAAUUCUUCGCCUCUCAACAAAGUCAUGUUUGUAUUAUCCGUUAUACAAAUCGCUAUCGGAUGCUCAGGUCAAAAAUCCACACAGUUUAGUUACAUGUCUCAACGAAUUAGUACCAAUCAGGAUGAGGAGGCAGAUAGUGUACCCAUUGAAAGAACUUGGAAUCAACGCUCCUUCCAAAAGGAUUCUAGCCGACCAGGCUGGCUACUCGCUAUUUCAUAUAAACAGGAAGCUGACCUUAGAACCAAAGAUUGCUAUAAAUGUGAGGGUGGUUGUUGUCGGUGCAUCUGAUGUUGGCGUUUCGUGCUUGGAUUCGUUGAUCCAUUGCCCACAUCUUUGUUUCAAUAAUCUUACUUUGGUUUCCACUAAUGGAUUAAAAGAUCAGCUAUCGAUCGAAGAAUCAAAGUAUUUACCACACAGUUUAUGUUUCAACGCAAAAGAAUACGAUGCAAUGGCUUUAUCAACAUGGGUCAAUGUUAUUGAAGGAAAGAUGAAUAAAAUUGAUCGAGUGAACAAGCAGGUCGUGAUGUCUAAUGGGAAGAGAAUCCCUUAUGACCAUCUGUUGCUCUGCACUGGGCAACAGUUUCAGCACCCUAUACCAUCUGGAGCAGAUAUCAAAACCCUGAUCACAACAGACGAAGUGAUGAAGAAAAAGCUCCCACGGAGCUGCAAAGGUCCCAUACCAAAAAAUAUUUUCAUGCUAAACAACAAGGCAGACGUAGAUACAUCGUUGCAAUGGAUCAAGGAAAUCCUUUUGGAUUCACUUGGAGCGGUGCUGGUAUACGGUGCAUCACUCGAUGCAUACAGCUUUAUCCAUGGUAUUCUGGAGACAGGAAUCAAGGGAGAGCGGGUUAUUCUCGUAAAGCCACCAUCUUAUUCUCCGUCCUGUUUCAACAACCCAAGUAUCGAAGAAAUCAUUGAUUGUGUUUUGAAACAAAAAGGCGUCACUAUUUAUGAGGAUUGUAUGCUAGCUGGAUGGAAUGACGAAGAAGACGAUUCAGAGGUCAGAUGUGCGACUUUCACGACCAGUGCAAAGCCAAUUAAACUUCAGUGUCAGGCAUUCUUUUGUUUUCAAGAAAAGCGCGUUGAUUACGAUGCUUUCAAAGCCAUUAACGACAGUUGCUUGGUCUAUGAUGGCAAACUUGUCAUCGACACAAAUUUUUGUACAAAUGACCAGUACAUAAAAGCAGCUGGAUCUCUGACGAAGUAUGCAAGGAAGUAUCAUGCUGGUGAAAUGAGUCACUCUUUGUAUAAUUCAAAAGAAAUUGGCGCCAAGCUAGCAGAUUCCUUGUUGAACAUAUUUGAUCCAACAUUAGACGAUAUGGAAAGACUAUCGCCUGAUGACCAGUUAAUACCUGUCUUCUCAAAUCCAAAGAUCCAAACAGCCAUUUUGCCUGGAGGCUUUCGCUAUCUGCACGUGGCUAAACCUUCAGUUCCAACCCCACUGGCUUCCCUGAUGAUGCAGCCCGAAUAUGGUCAAGAGCUGGUCACAAAGGAUGCCUCUGGAGAUAAUUAUUUCAGAAUUCAUUUAAACCAGUAUAACACGAUACAGACUCUUACGUGUUUAUCAAAGCAGGACAUUGAUAUUGACAACUUGGUUUGUUUGUAUAGUAUCCAUGAACGAUUCUUGAAUAACCUUCUUCAAAGAUAUAAUGAAGGCCUAAUCAAAGAUUUCUACAGCUAUUUCCGUGAAUCGUGGUGUCUAGCAAUUUUCCACGAUCGAUUUAAUGAUUUCCGUUCAGAGGUACAGGAAAUACUGGCAGAAAGACAGGCAAACGAAGAGGCUUCUUUAGAAGAGAGAGUGAGGAAAAUCAUUGCAGAUGACCUAGCGCUCUCCAAAGAGCACCGUGUCCUGCUUGGAGAUGCGUACAAGACAAGCAGAGCGAAAAAACUUGUUGAACAGAGGCUGUUGAGUUAUUUAAGCUACAACCAGUAUCACCUUCCAAUGUACGCAAAACCUGGCCUUGUAUGAUGUCAAACUGGCCUUCCACAAACUAAAAUCUCUAUGUAAACUAAUAUCACGUUGUGUAAAAUUGUGUUGAUAAUGUCUUUUGUCUAACAGUUUAUUUGAAUCAAUAAAAAACCAUUGCAA